AUGUCAUUCCGUUUCAACUUUUCGUUUGAAGAUUUGGAUUUAUCGGACCACGAGAUAAAUGACCAUAAAGUCGUUAAGGAAGAGUUCGAAAUAGUCGAUUUACUUCAAGCAGCAAGUCUUGAAGAAAAAACAAACGAGAUUCCAACUUCCUCUUUUAUUGCCCCAACAGAAAUUGUUAUUAGUCCAUUGUCGCUUAAGCUCCCGGAAUCUUUCAUAGCUGAAACGAUUGAAAUUAAUUCGACGCUUAAAGAAUCAUUGUCAUCGUCACCAUCAACACUAUAUAAGCGACACUUAUCUGAUAUUAAAUGUCAAAUAGCUUUGGAUGAUGAUGAUCCAAUGGAAGAACAUGAAGACUCCUCUAAUAUAAAGAAAAAUCAAAAUUUGUUUGAUGUUAUGGUUGAAAGCGAUUUAAUCAAAGGAGUGUAUGAAGGUGGUUUCAAGACAUGGGAAUGUUCCCUUGAUUUGGUUGAUUAUCUUGCUGGCAGAGGGAUAAAUAUUGAUUCACUUAAAGUGUUAGAGCUUGGCUGUGGAUCAGGAUUACCAGGAAUCUAUAUACUUACUCGUGAAAAAUCAGCGCGGGUCGAUUUUCAAGAUUACAACGAACAAGUUAUUAAAUUAGUCACAAUACCAAAUAUCCUACUAAACACUUCUUUGCGACCUCAAGCCACGGAUAUAGAUAAUCAAGGUAUUGCACAAGUGAACGUCGCAAAUAAUGAGAGUGUUAUUAGGGAAAUGUGUAAGAGAAGUCGAUUUUUCGCGGGUGAUUGGAAUGGUUUGGUGGAUGCACUUGAUAUAAAAUCUGAAAAAGAAAAAUACGAUCUGAUAUUGACUUCUGAAACAAUAUAUAAUGAGAACUCUAUCGAGAAAUUAUACAAUGUCAUAAAGAAUGUUUUGAAGAGACCAAAUGGUGUCGUAUUGGUGUCAUCUAAAACCAUGUAUUUUGGAGUAGGUGGUGGUAUACUACCAUUCAGACAACUUGUUGAACGAGAUAACAUGUUUGAUGUUGAAGUUGUAUAUACGGUGACCUCGCAUUUAAGAAGAGAGAUUUUGGAAAUGAGGUUUGUUGGUCGCUAG